AUGGAUAGGCGACAAUUCGGAGGGUCGGUGCAUCGCACGGGAUCCGACACCACUGCGAACCGCUCUGCACCGAGCUCCGACGCGCCGGUUCAUCGCACGGGAUCGGCUGUCGUUAAGAAGAAGAAACUCGUGCAGACUCGUCCUGUCGUAUCAGGUUCAAGAUCCCCCCAACCUGUCUCUCCCCGAGCCUCCUCUCCGAAGCAUGACCCCGCUUCACCCAAGCCUCUCGUCCUCCACGCCUCCAGCAGAGCCGCACCUCCCUCAGUCCCCACCCACAUGCUCCCACAAGACACGGACGAGCUAUCCUCCUACGCGUCUUCUGGCUCUCAGAACCAUCAGCAGCAUGAGCAGCAGCAUAAGCCAGGCGCCUCUUCCUCCUCCUCCGCCUCCUCUGCUUGGUUCACUAAGGAAGACGCUGAUGACAUUCUUGGCGCUGCCGGGUUGUCAAGCGGGAAGCUUCCCUCGGGAAUUGCUGGAAUCGCGGCUGUAGCGGCUCAACUCGCCCGCGCUGCUACAGCCGCGUCCCCCCCGCGCCGUCCGCCAGGAGGGAGGGAAAGCGGGCCGGAGAGAGAGAGAUAUGAUCCCGAAAAGCAGUACCUGACUCAGCCUAGUGGCGUGCUGUCUGGGUUUAUUGAGAGGAAGUUUAAAACCCCUCCCAAGCGGCAGCAGCAGCAGCAAUACCAGCAGCAGACACAUGGAGGUGGUUUUGUUGGCGGAGGUACAGGAGCAAGUCCGGAAUUUGGAGUUCCGAAGCGAUCAGGUUCGGGAACUGGCCGAGCCAUCCUAGGCUUGGGAGUGUCUUCUGACCGCCCCUCCAGCUCCACCGGUCGACCUUCCAGCUCCGGUGGUCAAACCUCUGGUGCAGGCCUGGGUGCUAGUAGGGGGAGUGGUUAUAAAGGGGGCGGUGGGUGGGGGGGGAGUGAUAAAGGGGAGGAGGACGAAGGGUGGGGGGCAGAGGUGGAGACAGAUGAGUGGGAUAAGGGCAGCACGGGUGGGUGGGAGGGACUAGGGCUAGCAGCUGCAGUCUCAGUGAAACCCUCGAAAGGUGUUACCAGCAGUAGCACUGGUGUUACCAGUAAGAGUGGUGUUUCCAGCAGCAGUGGUGUUGCCAGUGGUAUUGCUGCUGGUGUUGCUGCUGCUGCUUCUGCUGCUGAUGCUGCUGGUGCUGAUGUUGAUAGUGACGAUAGUAGCAGCAGCGGAGGCUGGGAUAAUUCAGAUUGGGAAUCCUUAUCCCCUGUAGCUGCCACCGCUGCUGGUGGGCAGGCCUUGUCUUCUUCUGCCGCUGGUGGGCUUUCCAUGUCUUUUUCUGGAGCGAGACUGGCAGAAGACGUAAGGGGAAGGAGGGUCAGGGGACUGGGGGUUGAUUCCCUAAAUAGACCCAGUGACGGGGGAAGGGGAGGGGGCAACAGAGGGGGAGUUGGGGUGAAGGGGGGAAGCGGGGGGAGCGGGGAUUGGGGGAACUGGGGCUCGUGGGAUGGGGGGGAGACAAAGGCAGGGGGAAGAUCCCCCUCCUGGGAGAGUAAAUCCGGGGGAGGGGCAGGCGGAGGGGGCAACUGGGGGUGGGGAGCUUCACCCAGGGGGAGUGGUAUUGGGGCGGGGGGCGCAGGGCGAGGGGGAACGGGGGGAGGGGGGAUGGGGAGCGGGGGGAAGGUAGGGGCGGGCGUGCCAUUAUCAUCCAGGAAAAAGAGAAGGAGAGGAGUGAUUCUGUGUUGCCUGGUUAGUUCUGUAGUGAUGGUGGUGAUGCUGCUCCUGGUGGGGUUCAUAGGCGGUUUUUCAGCUCAGUCAAGAGUGAGGAGGGACGAUGGCAGUGUGAGCGGCAGUGAAAACAGCACAACUAGGGAAGAGGAGGGUGCUGCUGUGCUGAGAGCAGAUGCUGCUGGCGCUGGGGCAAGCAUGGUGCAACAGAAGACUCCUGGGCUGCUGAGUGCAGGGGAAGGAGGAACAGGGCAGCAGCUAGAUCCGAGAACAGAACAGGAAUCGCAGGGAGAUGGUAUGAGGGAGAGGGAGGUGGGGAGGAGAGGAGAACGCGGGAUGGAGAGGGCGGGAUUUGGGGAGGCUGGGGCUGAGGAAGGUGGUACUGAGGACGGGGAUAUAAGGGUUAGUGGGCGGGUGGGGCCUCGUGGAAGGGGGAGGGUUGCAGGCAGGAUGGGGCAGGAUGGGAUGGUGGGAGGAGGCGUAGGAGGGGUGGUUGUGAGAGAGGGCGGGAUUGGAGUCGCUAGGAGCGAUGGUGUUGGUGCUGCUGGUGCUGGCGCCGCUGGUGCUUAUGUUGCUGGUGCUGGUGUUUCUGAUGGUAGUGGUGGUGGUGGUGGUCUGAGAAGCAUUGGAGCUUCUACCGGCGUUGGGGGUCCUGAUGACACUGUCCCAGCGGAUUCGCUAAGAGGUGAUCCGGUAUUGGAAGCAGCAGCUAGGCUCGUGGGGAAACGGUCCACAGCAGAAGAUGAGGAGCUGGAUGGAGAAGGGGCAACCGACCAGGAGGUGGCGGGAGAGGGGCAGAUGGAAAGAGUGGGGAGGGUGGAAAGACAGGGGCAGUUUGAAAGGCAGGGGCAAGGAGAGAGGAGAGAGGACGAGUUGAGAGGGAGGGGGAGGGAUGCCGAAGGGGAUGAAGGCGAAAGAAAGGUGGAGGAGGGAAGGUUGGGGCAGUCAGAUAUUGAGAUGGCACAGGAGGAGGGGGGGAUACCAGAGGGGGAGGGGGAGGCGCUAAGGGAGGAGAGAGAAGGGAGAGGAAACGGGGGGGAAGCAGAAGAGACGGGAGGAGGCGAGAGGGAGGGAGAAGAGGCGGGGGAGGAAGAGAGGGGAGGAGCUGAGGGGGGGGAUCUGCAGCAGCAGCAGCUGCUGAGAGAGCGAGAGAUUGUGAAUCAAGGAGUUGUCGUCCCCGAUACAACCCCGCAGGGUUUACCGUACAGUGAUACUGGUGGUAGGGCUGGUGGGAUGGGCGGAGGUCUUUCUGGAUGA